AUGGACCCCGAACAGCGGCCCGCGGCAGCAGCUGCGGGUGCGGGAGAAGAGGGCACCCCAGGACUGGAGACGGCCUCCCCACCUGCCCCCAGCCCGGCUACCGCCGCCCCAGGACCCUCGCCUGCACCGGGGCCUGAAUCGGGACCCGGGCCGAUGCGGCGGCAGCUCGGGGCCCUGCUCCAGCCCGCCGUCAACAAGUUCUCUCUCCGGGUGUUCGGCAGCCACAAGGCGGUGGAGAUUGAGCAGGAGCGGGUCAAGUCAGCUGGAGCCUGGAUCAUCCAUCCCUAUAGUGACUUCCGAUUUUACUGGGACCUGAUCAUGCUGCUGCUAAUGGUGGGAAAUCUCAUUGUCCUCCCCGUGGGCAUCACCUUUUUCAAGGAGGAAAACUCUCCACCCUGGAUCGUCUUCAAUGUCCUCUCUGACACCUUUUUCCUGCUGGACCUGGUGCUGAACUUCAGGACAGGGAUCGUGGUGGAAGAAGGAGCAGAGAUACUCCUGGCUCCCCACGCCAUCCGCACUCGCUACCUCCGCACCUGGUUUCUGGUGGAUCUCAUCUCCUCCAUUCCAGUGGACUACAUCUUCCUGGUGGUGGAGUUGGAGCCACGACUGGAUGCUGAGGUUUACAAGACAGCCAGGGCCCUUCGAAUUGUUCGUUUCACCAAGAUCCUCAGCCUGCUGCGACUGCUCCGCCUCUCCCGCCUCAUCCGAUACAUCCACCAGUGGGAGGAGAUCUUUCACAUGACCUAUGACCUGGCCAGUGCUGUGGUUCGGAUCUUCAAUCUCAUUGGGAUGAUGCUGUUGUUGUGUCAUUGGGAUGGCUGCCUACAGUUCCUGGUCCCAAUGCUCCAGGACUUUCCUCCUGACUGCUGGGUCUCCAUCAACCACAUGGUGAACCACUCGUGGGGCCGCCAAUAUUCUCAUGCCCUCUUCAAAGCCAUGAGCCACAUGCUGUGUAUAGGCUAUGGACAACAAGCACCUCAGGGCAUGCCGGAUGUCUGGCUCACCAUGCUUAGCAUGAUUGUGGGUGCCACAUGCUAUGCCAUGUUCAUUGGUCAUGCCACUGCCCUCAUCCAGUCUCUUGACUCAUCCCGUCGCCAGUACCAAGAGAAGUAUAAGCAGGUGGAGCAGUACAUGUCCUUCCACAAACUGCCAGCUGAUACCCGUCAACGAAUCCAUGAGUACUAUGAACAUCGAUACCAGGGCAAAAUGUUUGAUGAGGAAAGCAUCCUGGGGGAGCUGAGCGAGCCACUUCGUGAGGAGAUAAUUAACUUCACCUGUAGGGGCCUGGUGGCCCACAUGCCCCUGUUUGCUCAUGCUGACCCCAGCUUUGUCACUGCUGUGCUCACCAAACUUCGAUUUGAGGUCUUUCAACCGGGUGACCUUGUGGUUCGUGAAGGCUCUGUGGGCAGAAAGAUGUACUUUAUUCAGCAUGGAUUGCUCAGUGUGCUAACCCGUGGUGCUCGGGACACGCGUCUCACUGAUGGUUCUUACUUUGGGGAAAUCUGCCUACUGACUAGGGGCAGGCGAACAGCUAGCGUAAGGGCUGACACCUACUGUCGCCUCUACUCACUCAGUGUGGACCACUUUAAUGCGGUGCUAGAGGAAUUCCCCAUGAUGCGGAGAGCCUUUGAGACAGUAGCCAUGGACAGGUUGCACCGAAUUGGAAAGAAAAAUUCCCUGCUUCAGCGCAAGCGUUCAGAACCUAGCCCAGGAAGUGGUGGCAGUGGGGUCAUGGAGCAGCAUCUGGUACAGCAUGACAGAGACAUGGCUCGGGGAGUGAGGGGGCUGGCCCCAGGCACAGGUGCUCGUCUGAGUGGGAAGCCAGUGCUCUGGGAGCCCCUGGUUCAUGCCCCACUGCAAGCAGCUGCAGUCACCUCUAAUGUGGCCAUUGCUCUGACCCACCAUCGGGCACCACUACCCCUCUCUCCAGACUCUCCUGCCACUCUUCUUGCUCGCUCAGCUCGUCGCUCAGCUGGCUCACCAGCCUCACCGCUGGUGCCUGCUCGUGGACCCCCUUUGUUGGCUCGAGGGCCUUGGGCAUCCACCUCCCGCCUGCCUGCACCAGCAGCCCGAACUCUUCAUGCCAGCUUAUCCCGGGCAGGCCGGUCACAAGUUUCCCUGUUAGGUCCUCCGCCUGGGGGGGGUGGACGGCGGCUAGGGCCCAGAGGACGGCCACUUUCAGCAUCACAACCAUCACUUCCUCAUCGAGCAGCUGGAGAGGGCUCCCCUGGGCGCAAGGGUUCAGGAGGUGAGCGCUUACCCCCCUCGGGGCUCUUAGCCAGGCUUCCAGGCACUGCCCAACCCCUCAGGCCUCCUGCCACUGAUCCAGGUACGGGUAGGGGCCCUCAACUUCCUGCUAAUAUGUGAGACUCCUGGGUGCAUUUAACUUUGAUUCUUGUGAGAGGUGUGGGUGCUUUGGUGUCUGUAGGUACCACAGACAAAGUAUUACACACUGUGGAUGUCCCCUAUCACUACCAAGUGUAAGUGUCCACAUGUCCCUUAGCUCAGCCAUACUCCUUCAUGACAUGCCUCCAUCACUGCCAAAUAGAAGUAUCUCCAUGCCUUUUGCUUAGAGCAUCCCCCUGGCCAUAGGCCUUCCCCAGUAUAAGCAUUUUCCCCCUUUUCCCUACUCAACAAGGCAUGAGGGUCUUCUUAUCCUCAUCACUGCCAAGUAGAAAAAUUUCUUCUGUUUCCCCAGGUCAGACAUUCCUCUGCUCAUGAGCCCUUUGGGGAAGAUACCCUAUCACUGCCCAGGGUGGCUCCUUGCCUGUUCCCCCGUCGCUGCCAAAACCACAGGCCUCCGUGCCCCCUUGUUGUAUAGGGCAUCCACCUCUGCUCUCAUCACUGCCAUUUGUAGGCACCCACCCAUCUACGGCCCUCUCAAUGAAUACAAACACCUCUUGCCCAAAUGGGCAUCUCUUGCCAGCUUUCCUUGAUCCCAACUUUGUUGUAGAAAAACAUUGUGAACAAAGAGCCACAUCCUCCUUGUGCUCCUAACCAGUUGUGCCCCUGGGGACUGAGGCUGUCCAGCCCCUCCCUAAUGAAUGUGCCAGCCUAGGAGCCCCUUUGGGGAUCAGUAGCUGAUUCCUUAGGGAAUUAAUUAUGUAUUGCCCUCUCUCAUAGGAGGAGGGGGAAAGACAGAGGGGGUUCCUCUCUUCAUGCCAGCUCUGUGGCCCUUGCCUGUCUCCAUCAGCAAUACUAGGACUUUCCAGUUCCCUAACCAUGUAGGGGAGGGAAGGGGACAGUUUUUACCUUUAGGUGUCUUUUUUACCUAUGCUGUGAGAGUGGGGAAAAGGCAAGAAUCCAAGCCACAGAGUGGGGGAAAUAGGGAACAGGGGAGGGGAGGGGAGGGGCAGACCAGCCAGCACCUCUGCCUUCUCAGGGAUACAGGAACCCCCCCCCCAACCUCCCCAUCUGUCCCUGUCUUCCCCCUCCAUAGCAUAAGCAUAGGAAGAACAGGAGCCAGAACCUUGGCAUACAGUUCCCUUGCCACACUCUAGGCUCUGGGAUUCUUGUGUGGGUGUGGGUACAUGUGGAGGAAUUAUUUAUUUUUUUUUAAUGUUUGUUUACAGAUAGUUGAAUAUAUAAAAA